AUGACGGAUUACCAAAAAAUUGUAGAAGGUGGGGGUAAGAUAUUUAGAAAAAUGAAUUCAUUUAGAAGUACGUUACAUGACAUUUAUACUGAAAUGAAAAACAAAGUUGCAUUAUCUUACAACGACGAGAAAAGGUUUAUAAUACCAAACACCGUGAAAACUCUACCGUGGGGACACAGAGAUAUUCAGGAAUAUCGUAAUGGACCUCGAAAAAAUGUAGCCGAAUUAUGGUGUAACGUAGUCAAUAUUGUAAAUAAUGGUAGCGAUGAAAAUAGAUUAGAUUUACUGUUAAGACUAUUAUUAGAAGAAAUGUAA